UUAAAAGCUACUUUUUACCAAAAAAAAUUUGCAAAAAUGCGCUAAAAAGGUAAAAACUGACUAUUUUACGUAUUUAUACGUAGAAUCGGUAGAAUCCAGUAGAAAGCUACUGUUGAAACAAAAUCACAAAUAUAGGAAAUUGUUUGGGAAAUUGUACCUAUACACCUAAAACUUUAGUUGUUAAUUUUAAUGUAGAUACAUAUUCUAUUUGUUAAUAACAAUAAAGUAUCAGUAUACAUAUAUAGGUAUAAGCAGAGAUUGAGUUUAGUUACAUACUAUUCAUUCUGAAAAUAUGUAGGUAGUAUGAAAGAGAAGAUGAAAUAGAAGAAAAUCAAUACUCUUGAAAACGUAAGAAUGAAAAAGCUUUUCAAAUGAUGCACAAAUAUUACUGUAAGGGCAUCAAUAGUAUUUGCGAUACAUUAAUAACUUUAAUUAACUUAAAAAAUAAAGAGAAUGAAAUAUUAAUUAACGCAUUUAGACAAAAUGAAUUUCUAAUAUGCCCAAAAAAAUUAAAUUCAGCGUAAUACAUGCCACAGGUGAAGAUCCUAAAUUUAAGUCAAGCGAGUUAAACAAUCAUAGUCCGGUAGUAAAAGGAUGGCAGUCAGCAAAGAAUUGCGAUUUUCCUCAAGAAAUUAUGCUACAAUUAGAAAAACAGUGUUUGUUGACAAAAGUUCAAGUCUUAGCGCAUCAAUAUUUAAUUCCUUCCAAAAUAGAAUUAUUUGCAAGCAACCAAGACACAAAUACUAUAGAAGAUGUUGUAAAUAUAAACUGGGAUUAUAUAGGAUAUAUUACAUUAUCUGACAACCAAAGUUCCAUGUUUAAGAGUAGAGAAUUGAAAUCUGUCAGUGUACCACCUUGUGUUGCUACAUUUUUAAAAUUAAAGUUAGGUAAAAACCACACGAAUGCAUAUAAUGUGAAUAACCAGGUAAGUGUAAUAGCUGUAAAUGUGUUGGGUAAUGAACUUGAAGCAAGGAAACGGUCCAUUGAAAAUGAAAGCAUCGCAGAUAAAUUAAAUGCCUUAAUAAGUGAUCCAGAAUAUGUAUCUCCUUAUGACGAUUUGGCCUUUGAAAUGUAUGUGGAUGUGGGUGUAGCAAAUACAAUUAGAGAAAUGGAACUGAAAAAACAUUUAGCAGUAUUAGGUGAACGGUACGAGUAUGCCAGAAAACUUAAGCAAACUAUAGAAAGGCUUCGAAUAGUUGGAGAACGCCUAGGGAAGUAUGAUUUGGAAAAAAGACACGCGAUUGAAAUGGAGGAUUACGAAAGAGCCAGACACAAAAAGAAACAAAUGGAGGAGUUUCGACAGGAAGCCUAUGCAAAUUUAUUUGUAGAACAAUUGCUGGAAGCAAACGGUGUGUGCUUACAAAACGACGAAUGUGUAGAUGAAGAUUCGUCACAUAGGAAUGUGAUGUCACCUACAAGCAAAGCAGAUAAACGAAUACCUUCCCCUAGCGUGACCUGCUUAAGCCAAGGAUCAGUUUCACCUAUACACAAUCCGAGACAUCCAAGUCCGAAAACAGGCUCGCCCUGUACUGGAAGCCCGACCAAUAUACAGACGAGGGGCUCCUUAAGACGGCGUAACAAAUCAGCGGGAGCGAUUACUAAAACAAGCUACGAACAAUAUGAAGAGAAACCGUUACCCACCUUAAGACAUUCGCAGACUAACGAAUUCCUACGUGAAUGCCAGAUGGAAUGCGAGACUAAGACAACAUCCAAAUUAACUGAAAGAGAACGAAAACAAGCGGCACUUCCCAUACUGGUGUUUGCAAAUGAUUUGGUCGAGAAAUUUUACUCUAAACACUAUUUGGAUAAAGAGGAGGGGUUGAAUCGAUUGAAAGAGGAGUUAUUAACUUACAAUGCUAAUAGGAUGCAUACUGCGAAUAAAACGGGGAGAGCCGCAAUAUUUCUCCUACAUCGAGCAUUAAGGGACAAAGUGUUUUCGGUGUACAGUCUAGCAAAUGAGGUUAUCCGAUUGUACUUUGUUCAGUUUGUACCCGGAAGGGUAUCUCCAGCGGAAACUGCCCGAAGUGUGGACAAGUUAUUGCCAGAGCUGCUGACAAAGUCUGGAGACACAAGUACUAGGAUACAUCAUAUGGCUGUACAUACUAUUCUGACAAUGGCGGACUGCAAAAAUGUCAGGGAUUUACACAUUAUUCCAACACACCUUAGUCGAAACCUCAAUACCAGCACCCAUCCAAGAUUAGCUUUAAGUAGAGCUGAAAUGGUGGAGCAGUUAAUUAUUAAUCAAGGAAUAUCAACUGAUAAACAAAGCGGUUUAACAUGUAGAACAUUGUCAGAAUUUGGGUUGAGUGGUUUACAUCAUCCAGCAGAACCUGUACGAAAAGUAUCAGAACGAAUUCUAGUUUUAGUGUACAAAGUAAAUCCACGGUUGGUGAGAAAGCAACUGCCACCUGAUGAUGAUAUUACACGAAGGAACCUGUUGUAUAGACAACUAUUUCACGAAUUUGAUAAAAUUGAUAUUCAGCGCAAAAAAGAAGUUUUAGAACGAAAUCGUCUUAUUCAACAGUGUUCGUUAAGUCCAGAGCCAGAUUAUAAAGCUAGCAUUAAUAAAUCCAUAAGUUCGAUUGAUGUCCCGAAUGAAAACAAUGAUCAAUGCCAAAGAUAUGUCUUAGCCAAAAGCGUGAGUGGUGGAAAUAUAUCUAACAUAAAUGGAAAUGGUAACGAGAAACAAAGUACCAGCUCAGCAAGCGCACUAUCAAGUCCCAGUAACACCUCACAACCAGAUGAAGGAGAACGACAUUGCAUCUUCUGCCACGAAAUGGAGAGUACAAUUUUGCUUAUCAACAAAUCAAUGAACUCUCAUUAUUGGCGAAACUGUCCGAUGCUUGUUCGUUGUAAUGAGUGUAGUCAAGUGGUUGAAGUCUCAGCGCUCUCUGAACAUUUAAUAAUGGAAUGCGAGCAAAAGGAGUUAUACACACAAUGUUCGCAAUGUACAGAGGCAGUUAAGCUAAGUGAUUUUGAGAAGCACUCUCCUUCAUGCAUUGAACUGGCUGAAGGACAUAACAGAUGUCCACUCUGUCAUGGCAACAUUGAAGAUGAAGAAUCUACCUGGAAAACACAUUUAAUGGGCGAUAAACCGUGUCUGAAGAAUACGCGAGUUAAACAUCAUAAACAAGUAACAAUACAAAUUUAAUAAAUUUCAAAUUUUUAAAUUAUUAAAGGUAGGUAGGGUUUCACAGCUUCUUCUCCAAACCAUCAUGAUUAGUUAGUUAGAAAGUUACACCAAUUCUGAAAUUUUAGCCUACUCGUGCAUGAAUAUAUUUUAGAAUUAAAUUAUGUAUUGACUAAAUUUUUUGUUAUGUAGUUGUUUUUGACAACCACGGUCAUAGUGCAAUUUAUCGUUAUUAUACGAAUUAUACAUUUGUUUUACCCUUAGCAUAAUCUGAAAGAUUAGAAAGUGGUGCAAUGAAAAAUGUUGGUUAUUUCGUCGGCAAUCGAAUGAAAUAAAUGAAAACUUAACUUAGGUAUUUAUAACUGUUUACAUUUUUAACGUAAUUAAUUCCUGGGCCAAAAAUCUUUGUUACACAAUAAUAGUAAAAGUGGUAAAAAAUGCUUGGCCACUAUCCACUAAAAACCUUUCCAGGAUGCAUUUUACAUGUUUUAUGGGGAAUAAAAUAUUCACAUAAGAAAAUAAUUUACGAUUUAUUAAAAAUGUUAACAUAAUUGUAAUCAACUUCAUUGAAAAAACACAAGGUACUAAGGCUUCGUACAAAAUUCGUCCAAAGAAACAAGUGUGACUAAUACCUAUGGUAGAUUUAAUCGAAUGUAAGCUUAAACUUUUUUUAACUACAUAGUAGUUUUGUAUGCCUAUUAAUGUUACAAUUAACGAAUAAAAAUAACUCACAGAUCA